CCGCCAGUCAGUCCCCGCACGUCGUCUGAUGCGCUUGUGAUUUCGCUGACCGGACUGAAUUAACACCGUUAUCGUCCUAAAUGAGAAGCUAAUGGACGGCCGAGGUAGUGCAUGCAUGUGAAGUAGCUAAGGAGUGCAGUGUUGUGUUUAUGUUAGAAUGGAGGACGUGCGAAUUUCAGAUUGGCCUGAACCGCCUGGCUCCCAUGCAUGGCUGCCCGCUUAUGGCUUCCAGCAUGAAAUAUUGGAGAAAGAGGAUUUCUUUAGCUCCGGAGACAAUGGCAACACUCACGCUUUGUAUCUCGAGACCAUAGUCGAAGAGACAAGUGAUGAUUUACGUUCAGAACGAUCCUCGGCAGCCACUUGGCUGUCUGACUCCGAUGCAGAUUCUGUCAUUCAUGUACGCGGAAAUGGAGGCUCGGAGUGCGACAGCGAGUCGGAACGCGAGUGGGCCUGUCCCGCCAAGCGGCGGCGUCGAGAGCGCCCUCAUUCUCCCACCAGCACGGGGACUCUCUCGCGGUCGUCCAGCCUCGCGCAGUUCGAGUCGUUGGAGCGCUCUUGCGCGGCGCCGGUCUCUCCGAGUCUCUCCCCGGAUUCCCUCGAGUCCCCGCCUUGCUCUCCGCCGCCAUCCCGGCCGGCGCCUCGCGCUCACCUCUCGGCGGAAAACCUCAGCGAGGACAGCGGCUACUGCGAGCGGUCUCGCCGGCCGCCGCCGACCGCCCGUCUGCCAGAAAUAGCGCACACGAGCGGCAGCGUGCCCUGCCUCGCCUCGCCCAGUGCCGGCCGCCGUCCGCCGAGAGCCGCCCGCGCCCUGUCCUUACCGGCCGAGCUCGACGUCUGCGUCGAGACCCGACGCUCGACGCGACACUCGGCGCGCUUCCGACAGACCUUUGAAGUGUGCGACAGCUUCACGGUGAGCGUGGCCGACCUCACCGCCCUGGACUACCGGGUGCCGGCGCCGCGGAGGCCCCGCCUGCCUCCGCCGCCCCCGCCGCCCAGACCGGCGCACCGUCCGCCCCCGCCCCCCGAAUCAUGCGCGAGGACGCGCAGGGAGCCCAGCGCCGGCAGCGACUCCACUACCGAAUCCGAAAAGGCCUUCACGGCAGAAAUGGAGAAAACCGUUCGAAGGCUCGACGAAAACUCGAAGCGGGCGCUCGCCGAUGCCGGCAAUUACGAACGAGAGAUAUCAGUGCUGACGGCGAAACGGUUGCGAGAUUCGUGGGGCGCGUGGGACGACGUCCUCGAUGAGUUAAGAAAGAGAAUCGAGCCCCUAUCGCCCGCCCCCUCCCCGCCUCGGACGCCCUCGCCCGACCCGAUUCGGGGGCCUGCUUUCACAUCGACGCCUCUCCGCUCGGGAGACGUGCACGUCAGAUCGACCCCUGAGCUGCGCUCCCGGGCGACACCCGAUAGAGGUACCCCGGAAGAAUUGCGCGCGUCGCUCCAAUUAGUGGCCUCUCCGGUCCCGGACGGCGGGCGGCCGGUCCGCUCCGUGUCUAGCGGUUCCAAGGGGGUGACGUUUUCGCCGGUCGUCGCCGAAGUGAGCUGGCGCGAGUCUAGCGCUAGUUCGGAAUCGAGCUCUAGCGCGAGCGACGACGGGGCGGAUGCGGAGGUAAUAGUGGUGGUGGGGAGCGAGCCGCCGCGCGCGCCGGCCUCAGAGCGAAUCAUCGACAUGACCGAGACGCGCGCGCCGCGCAGCCGCAUAGCGGGCUUCCUUUCGCGCUUCGCGAACUUCCGUUUCUCGGGAAGGAAGGAGAAAAAGCGCGCAGGCGCGACAGUUCGAGGGGCGACCGUCGCGGCGGCGACGGCAGACGGGGUGGGAUCGCGCGCGGCGAACGGCGGACAGAGCGUGCGGGUCCCGCUCGCGGAGGGUGUGUCGCGGGCCCCGCCGGCUGAGGGAGAGUCGCUGACCCUGGACGGGACGGGGCGCGCUGGGCCCGCGCGGCCCGCGCCGCCCGGCGUGCUAGAGACCGAUGUGGACACGCAGCGCACCGUGCUCCACGCGCGUUCGCUGCUCGCGCUGGGGCCGCCAUCGCGCACUCCGAGACCUCACAAGUCUAUGGAAUUCCUGCUUGAUAAAGACAGCGCCCAGACGGUCCAGCCGCCAGAAAACGAAUUGCAGAAGAAUUCCGAUAGAGUGUUAUCUGAACACGAGCUGAGGGUCCAAAGGUCACUGCAGAAACUCAAUGUUCCAGAAUGGUACAAAAACGCACCAGCCCCGAGAGAGGGCUUUCUCUUACGCAAACGCUUGUCUGACGCUUCGGCAUCGGCGGGCAGGUGGAGCGGACUUAACUCGAAGACCACCUCGUUGGGGAGCCUCGGUGCCAAUGCGCAACCUCCACCGCCACAAUUAUCCCCACACACCACCAGCUUCGGCAGGUGGUCCACUAGCCGGCUUAACUCGAAUCAAACUUCGCCGUGCUCUUCGACCCGUAGCAGUAUCAGGGGCGCCUCUCCCCUCUGUUCGCCUUCGACCAGGUCCUCGUUCAGCGCCCGACAGCCCUACCUCGGCUGGCGGAGUCAGGAACGGUUGAACGCCACUCCUCGGACGCCGCACGAAAGGCUAGCCUGCUCCCUCCUCCGGCAGACCCCGUCCAGCAAAGCCUCGGAGGAGAUCCAGACCUCGAUCAAAGAGGUGACGUCGGCCAUCGUCCACUACGUGUCGGGCCUCGAACCCUCGAACGGCGAUCUCGAUGACGUCUCGCCGCGUUCGAGCCAGAAAUUGUAUUGGCUGGAGAGCUCCUUCGUCGGAACGAAGCCCCUGGAGUCUCCCCGGACGCCGCUGGUGACGGAGCUGCCCCCGCCCCACCCGCGGCCGCCCUCCUCGCUGAGGCUCGAGCAUCGCGCGGCGCCCGACUGGCAAGAUUCGCAGCGUUCUUUGAACGUUGGUAUUACAAAACCUUCCCCCGGAUCUACCACGUUGGAGGACGUAUUGGACUCACUUUUAGGACUCCCCUCACAACCUGCCAGAAUCCCUACGCCUCAACCGAGCCCUAGGAAAUCCGCCAGUCCCCACUACGCGCUCGGCGGGAAGAGUCCAAGAUAUGAACAAUUAGCGAGUAGUGGUCACAGCAGUGCCUCUGCGGCCUCUCGUUUCUUGAACACUCCUAGCGAUGCUCCCAGCUCCUUCACGGACCCCAGCCCCGAGGACCGAGCAGGCAAGGAUACAGUUGAUACGGCGGCCGAAAUGCCGGAACCUAGGCGGGCUCGAUCCGCUCUAGGCGAGCCUUCGCGGCGGAGGAGCGAGCCUUUCGCCGACCGCUCCGCGUCCCUCGACCGUCGGACCAGUCUCGACGCCGCGGCCCUGCGAUCUGAAAAUCUCCCCCGACACGACUCGAGAGCAUCCCUCGCCUCUCUGCAGAGCGAAAGUAACGCGGAAGACGCGUUCGUCAAAUGCAAAUAUCCCAAAUGCGCGUCUCGCACGCCUCUAGCGGAAGCCAAACGGCAUCACAAGACGUGCCACAACUGUAGCACGACGUACUGCUCGAAGGAGUGCCGCAGAGCUCACUGGGAGAAGCACAGGAAAGUCUGUCUCCACUCCCGUGCCAGCACCCUCUGCAGGCAGAUCAUCUCGGCGGCCAAGGAGGACGCGGCCUCUCUGCACCGAAUAAGCACGGUCGCGUAUCAGGGAUAUCGAAUCCUAGGUCGGGGCGUCGUCAAAGUGUUCUUUACGAGUCCGGAGGCCGCAGAAAAAUUCACGACUCUCGGUUAUCAAAAUUUGAGCGAGCCCGAAUUCGUCAAGUGGACGGCUCUCCAGCCCAACGAAAUGGGGGCGGAGUUGUACACGGAAGUGGUGAAGCUCUGCAAAAGCUACAACCCCGAGACGCGAGUGAUCCUGUACGUCGCCGUCUGCAUCGUGAGCGAGGUGCCGACGAAAGGAGCCGUCAAGUGGGAGAGGCAGAUGGUGUCUCGGUGCGCCAAACUGCGCCUUAGCAGAUCGGUGUCUUCGGUUAUUCAGGAACAGAAUAGGAGGAAACAGCGGAGAGACGGCAAAGGUACGCCGGAAGACAGAGAGACUUUGAUACUGACGUCCAAACUGUGCCCCGCCGGCGAAAGGAACGCGGCCACCGCUCACAAAUUUAGAGAAAUCUGCUUAAGAAAUGUUUGCAGUGAAUUAGAGAGUAGAGGCGUCGUUCUCAAAAAGCAUUUUCCAGAAGUGUACUCGAGGUUAGGGGCGUAUGUAGACGGGACGAGCGAAAGGUUUAUUCCGAUGACCAUUUAUCCUAAGGAUGUAAACAGUGGGAAGUCAUUCGUGUGUGUGAUUAUGCCGGACAGCGACGUGGAGAGCGGGACGCCGGUGGACGGGAAGGUCAUGACGAUUGACGUGGGACUGGAUCGAUCGAAACACCAAUUAUCUACGCCAAUGUAGAUCUAAAUCUGAUGGUGCAAUGCUAGCUAGUGUGGACUCUGAACGCCAAGCUUAUGAGCCUCCUCGUCCUGUCGUCCGCUAAAGUUACGACACGGAGACGGGUUUUGGCAUUCGACGUGUACUUUAGGUAGAGAUGGGCGUUUCAAUCGCUAUUAUGAAUAAUAUUUGGUAUUUGCGCAAAUUCCUGUUCUUAUGAUAGAUUAUCGAUAACCGAUUCGAAUUAUUCCUUACAUUACUAUUAAAGUAAUCUUAUAACUCUCCUAUAUUUAGAACGAUGCUAAAUUUAUCGAAUGAAUCUAUUCAAUGAUAGGCAAUAUAUUUUGGCGUAUUUUUAUACAUGCUAAAGGGUGAACGUGAAGGAUGACUUUAUUUGCAAAGAGAUUUUGAUACAUGACCACAUUUUAUAUGGCUCGAAAGACGAAAGAAAAAUAGUAUGCUUGACAUUAAAAAAAUUGGAGACAGAAACUUAGUUCGGCCAGGAAACGUGACAUAGUUAGGAAGUCGAAUUGUAAAUAAAUAAUACUUUUCAUCGAUAGUAAACGUAAGUCUCUCUUCGCUUUUAAAUAUUGCCAUAUAAAUGUCGUAGUGUAGGCAGAGCCGAUUGAGAAAGGAGCGUUCGCCAUGUCUCGCCAUAAAAGCCACGAGGUGGGUCGUCAGUGGCCAGUUUCGGAUCCCUUAAUGUGGUCGCAAUACCUGUGGCACAAAAUUAAUAAACUUUUUAUAUCUUUUUAAAUAACAAAGGUGCCAAUUUAUUCACGAGUUACCGGCGUGUAAUGUCGCUCAACGGUACGCGUCUGUUGAUCUAUAUAUUCCAUUAUAAAUAAAUUCCGCUAGGUAGACAAACGUAAUAAUUAAUAAGAAAUACAUAAUUAUGUUUUUUUUUUGAGCGAUGAAAGUUAUUACUCAAAUUAAUAUUAAAUUAGUUGCAUUUUGAGCUUGCGACUAGAUAAUAGAAAUCAUGAUGUCUAUACGUAUGUCUCAGUGUUCAUUUUAUAAGAAAUCUCCAAUAAAUUUAACUUUUUAUAAAAUAUCAGUCGCAACAUACUGAUAUGGGGCCGUUCAAGUACUACGUGAGCUCUAUAGGGGGAGGGGGUGUUUUUGGUUUCUUAUUUAGUGAUUAUGUCAAAUGUAUUUGUUUACUUUUUCUUUUACGAAAUGCAUAUUCGAGGAUUCCUACAAAAAAUAAUACGUUUAUGAGGUUUUAUUUUUGAGAGAUAAAUUGGAGUAAAUCUGUUUACGUAAUACUUGGAAGGCCCCUUUCAGCCAUUGGAAAUAUAAGAAUAUAAAGACAUACAACAAUAAAUUUACUCUGAUAUUACUCAUUAUUUCAAUCGAGAAACCUGCUAUAUAUGGUGGGAUGGUCUAUGUGUGGUAGUAAUGGCGAAAGUUGUGAACUACUCAUUAUUACCAUACCUACUUCAAACUUUAUUAUUUUUUGUGAUGUUUCGAAAAGAUCUGCCUAUUUUAAAGUUUCUAGAUAAUUAUUUAAAUGUUAUUAUAAUAUAUCUGUUAAUCAUUCCAUAGUUGAAUCGUUGUUAUAUAUUAUGUUAAAUGGUACUUCAAAGUGAAUAUCUAAAGCAGAAAAUAAAAAAUCAGAGUACGUGUUCAAAUAUUAAGCUGCUAAAAUUGACUUGUGACAAAAAUAAUUAUUAAAUGUCAAUAGAGAUCACAUUUAGAUAAUGUUACAUAUUUUAUUGAUUUUAUUAUAUCCAGUAGACUAUUUAUUACCUAUCUUUGAUGUUAUGACUUCUGUUUAGUCAUGAAAUUGCUUCUGUAAAAUAAUAUUUCAUACGUUUAUAUGGACAAUAUUGCCAUAUCAGUUGUUUUUCAUGUCUAAAUGAUAAUUUUUAUCUAGUUGUCCCGUAAAUGUAUUUAAAUAAAUGGCCCAGCUAAU